AUGGCAGCAAGACCAGGCCUCCCCACAGAAGAGGAGAUAGACCAGAUGAAGCCUCUUAAGUUAGCAAAGCUUCUACAAGAGUGUGGCAUGAUCGAGGAUGAAAUUGAAAAGAUGGAAACAGAGGAGGCGAGGGCAGAACUGAAGAAGAGGAUCAGGGACAUACGGGCAACAGCUGCAACAAGGAGACGUCCUGGACAGGCUGCAGAAAACUUGAAGGAAAUCCUGCGUUUAUACAAUUUGAAACGAGAACGCCUAGCUGGGUUAUGCAACCACAGUAUUGCCUACCUUCCCAAGCUGGACCAGAGUACUACAGACAUACUUCAGAAACAGUUGGACCGUGCUGCAAAAGACAUCUUAACAGACGUACAAGUGUUGUUAGGCACAAAAGAGUGUCCAAUCCUUGUAGCAGGUUAGUGUAACCUUAUUGACCAUAAGGCCAGGCUGUGGACCAAU